AUGCAUCCUUCAAUCUUCCUAAAUGUGUUCGUGCUGCUAGUGCUAGGGAAAGAAAUCGAGGGCAGCUGGGAAGAAUGGUGGACGUAUGAUGGUAUAUCAGGUCCGGCAUUCUGGGGGCUUAUCAAUCCGCAGUGGAACAUGUGCAACAAAGGACGCCGCCAAUCGCCGAUCAAUGUGGAACCGGAAAAGUUACUGUUCGAUCCAUACCUACGCUCACUGCACAUCGAUAAACAUAAGAUCUCCGGCACGCUGCACAACACCGGCCAAUCGCUCGUCUUCCGGGUGGAUAAGGACACCAAACAGCACGUAAACAUCUCCAGCGGCCCGCUCGCCUACCGGUACCAGUUCGAAGAGAUCUACUUCCACUAUGGGACGGACAAUAACCAGGGUUCGGAGCACCACAUCCACGGGUACAGUUUUCCCGGUGAGAUUCAGCUGUACGGCUUCAACAAGGAGCUGUACCAUAACAUGUCCGAGGCGCAGCACAAAGCCCAGGGCAUCGUGGGCAUUUCGCUAAUGCUGCAGAUCGGCGAUACGCCAAAUCCGGAGCUGCGAAUAAUAACCAGCGCCUUCAAUAAAGUACUGUACAAAGGUUCUUCCACACCCAUACGGCACAUCUCGCUGCGGUCGUUGCUGCCCAACACCGAGCAAUACAUGACGUACGAGGGCUCGACCACGCAUCCCGGGUGCUGGGAGAGCACGGUCUGGAUAAUCCUCAACAAACCCAUCUACAUCACCAAGCAGGAGUUGUACGCGCUGAGGAAGCUCAUGCAAGGCUCGGAGCAAACGCCCAAGGCACCGCUGGGCAAUAAUGCCCGGCCCCUGCAGGCGUUGCACCAUCGGACCGUGCGGACCAACAUCGACUUCGCCAACACGGGCGCCAGCAAGGCGCAGAGCUGUCCGACGAUGUACAAAGACAUGUACUACAAGGCGAACCGGUGGACGUCGGAGAUUUCGGCCCGCGGGCGCGAACGAGGCCUGCCGGAUGUCGACAGCGUGUUCCACUCGCUGCCAUAG